AUGUCAGAUAUUUUAAAAGUGCCUGAAGAAGAACUUAACUAUUGGUUAGCUAAGUUUGUGGUCGAGGUUCGCAAUUAAGAAAGGUGAAAAGGCAGAAUUUUAUCCGCCUACGACACUUUAUCAGAUAUGUUGUGGCCUAUUACGAUUUUUGCGAAAUAAUGGUCAGGCAGCAUUGAAUAUAUUUGAUGAUCCCAUGUUUAAGCAUUUUCAGGAUACUUUAGAUGGUGAAAUGAAACGACUUACUAGUCUCGGUGUCGGUUCAAAUGUCCGACAAGCGCAAGCAUUUUCAGAAGAGCAAGAAGAACUUUUCUGGAAAUCAAAUCUACUGGGCUCCGACUCACCAGUGACAUUACUAAAUACAAUGGUUUUUUUGAUCGGCAAGAAUUUUUCGCUUCGGCGCGUCGGAACGGAAAAGAACAUCGCUCAUUAAAGUUCAGUCAACUUACACUGGAAGCUGCGACUGGGGAUGAACCUGAGAAGCUUAUUUACACAUCUUUUGGAGAAAAGAAUAACUUGGGUGGUCUUAAACAUCGUGCCAUGAAACGGAAGCGUGUGGAGCAUUACGCAAACGGAUGCGUGUCCUGAUCGUUGUAUGGUGCAUUUAUAUAAGAUGUAUGUGGAGAGAUGCCCUUCUGAAGCCAUAAUAAAGGAUGUGUUUUACGUUACUCCCAAGCGAAAGUGUCUUGAUUCUGAUAAAGGUAUGUUAUGCUACUGAUAUUUUGAAUAUCCUUUGCUUGGAAUUUAAAUUGUUAAAUUUUUGUUCCUUUAGUGUGGUUCGCGUUAAACCCAGUUGGCCACAAUACGUUGGGCAAUACGGUGAAACAUUUGUGUGAGAAAGCUGGCAUUGAAGGGCAUUACACGAAUCAUAGUCUUAGGGCUACUACUGCAACACGUGGUCUUGAAAAAGGAAUUGCGGAGAAAUAUCUCAUGGAGAGAACCGGCCAUAGAGAUGUGAGAUCACUUCAGCGAUAUCAAAGACCGAACGUCCAACAAAAGAUUGAGAUUUCAAGAGCGUUUGAUUUAUCGUUGUCUCAUGAGGAAACUAAUUUGGACUACGCAGAAGUGUCGAAUAUCAAAAAUGUCAUUGAUUGUAGUAAGAAAGAAGUAGAAAUAGAUACUUUAAAUACUAAAGACAAGGUAAAACGUUGUAAGAAUGAGAAGAGUGAAACAACGCGCUCUGCAUUUAAUAAUUGUACUUUUUUUGUGCAGCAGGACUUUUUAGCUUGAGUUCGUUUUAACGUAGUAAAGUGUGUAGUGUAGUUUGUGUGAGAUAUUGUGUGAUUAUAGUGUGAUGAUAAAUGUUUGGUAUUUAAAGUAAUCUGUAAAGUAAUUUGACUUUUGUUAUUCUGUUGUUGUAUCUAGAUACGUUCCUGUUAGUAAGGAUGUAUCUAGAUAUAUCCUUUCUAGGAGGGAU